AUGUCUAAUGAAAAUGCUUUAGACUUACAAUAUGUGCUCGAGAGUUUUCAAAGAAGUUUUAAAGAAGAUGAUGACGUGAUAAUAGGGGCUUACAUAGACGCCUAUAACGAACUAGUAAAGUUCUUGAAUCUGAUUGGGUCAGUUUUUUCCUUUGUAAGCAGCGAUGUUAAAAGUAAAAUUAAGAUAAUGGAAAAACACAGAGCAGGGGAGGACACUUUUUAUUAUGAGUCUUUUAAGAAAAUGAUGAAGUAUGAAAAGGAAACUAGUUUACACGAAAAGAAUGGAUUUGUAUCGGGUUCGAGAACAAUGUUAAGAUUGCAUAGGGGUUUAGAUUUUAUAAGGCUUUUUCUAAGGAGAUUAAGUGAAAGUGAGGAAUCUGUGAAUACCUGCACAAUGUGCCAGAAUUCAUACAAUGAUACACUUGCAGAAUAUCAUCCUUGGUAUAUAAGGAAAGCAGCAACAUUAGCUAUGCAUGCCCUGCCCUCUAGACCAGAUUUAUUAAAAAAGAUAUUCGGAACAGAAGAUAAGUUAGCAGAGGCGCUCGCGAUUUUGCCCCAAACGCUGCAAUCGUGUGACGAAGCCUACAAACGUGUAGAACAACUCUACACGGACUUCGAUUUCCACGGUUUGCCC